AUGGGCGGUGGGUGUCCAGUGUGUGCCCCUGUGUUAGGGUCCACGCCAGGGCCCCCGGGGUCUCCACGCCAGGCCCCCGGGGUCUCCACGCCAGGCCCCCGGGGUCUCCACGCCAGGCCCCCGGGGUCUCCACGCCAGGCCCCCGGGGUCUCCACGCCAGGCCCCCGGGGUCUCCACGCCAGGCCCCCGGGGUCUCCACGCCAGGCCCCCAGGGUCUCCACGCCAGGCCCCCAGGGUCUCCACGCCAGGCCCCCAGGGUCUCCACGCCAGGCCCCCAGGGUCUCCACGCCAGGCCCCCAGGGUCUCCACGCCAGGCCCCCAGGGUCUCCACGCCAGGCCCCCAGGGUCUCCACGCCAGGCCCCCAGGGUCUCCACGCCAGGCCCCCAGGGUCUCCACGCCAGGCCCCCAGGGUCUCCACGCCAGGCCCCCAGGGUCUCCACGCCAGGCCCCCGGGGUCUCCACGCCAGGCCCCCAGGGUCUCCACGCCAGGCCCCCAGGGUCUCCACGCCAGGCCCCCAGGGUCUCCACGCCAGGCCCCCAGGGUCUCCACGCCAGGCCCCCGGGGUCUCCACGCCAGGCCCCCGGGGUCUCCACGCCAGGCCCCCGGGGUCUCCACGCCAGGCCCCCGGGGUCUCCACGCCAGGGGGCGGGGCCCUGGCGUGGAGACCCCGAAAAUAUAA